AUGCCAUUGAAACUGCUGUAAUUCAAGUCAUCCUGCCUUCCAUUGAGAGCUGGGACUGACUUUCUUUUCCAGGGUCACCAUUUAGUGCCCAGUAGAUCCAGCACCAUGUGUAACCGAUUUGUGGGAACCUGGAAGUUGGUCUCCAGUGAAAACUUUGAGGAUUACAUGAAAGCUCUGGGGGUGGGUUUAGCCACCAGAAAAUUGGGAAAUUUGGCCAAACCCAGUGUGAUCAUCAGGAUGAAGGGUGAUAUUAUCACCAUCCGAACUGAGAGUACUUUUAAAAACACAGAAAUUUCCUUUAAACUGGGUCACGAAUUUGAAGAAACCACAGCAGAUAACAGGAAAACAAAGACGAUCAUAACCUUAGACAGAGGAGCACUGAAUCAGGUUCAGAAAUGGGAUGGCAAAGAGACUACAAUAAAGAGAAAGUUGGUGGAUGGAAAAAUGGUGGUGGAAUGCAGGAUGAAAGGAGUUGUUUGCACUAGAAUCUAUGAGAAAGCAUGA